UGUUCAGCGCAGUUCACCCUCUCGCUUCAGGAAUUAUCAUUGUUAUGAAAUAAAUGGCAGAGCACUGAACAAUAUGGAGUUUUGUUGGCUGAGGAUACUGAUAGGAUUAUUCGUCCUGAGGAAAGAGCACGCUUUCGUCCCCGAGAGAAUCGUCCGUGCUUCUGGGGACCAGGCCACGCUUCCCUGCGAGUCCGUGAGCCCCCGUACCCGUUGGUUUUGGCUCCCUCUCAGUUCCAGGUGUGCCGAGGUCCAAAAGGGUUACACAGAAAUAACUUGGAGCCUUACUGGAAAUGAGGUGACUCCUAUUCGGUUCAACGAGCGGCUGGCAAACCAGACAUCGGGAUCGCUGGUCCUCCGGAAUUUGGUCAUGAGCGAUUCAGGGACCUACGUCUGCCGUUCGCCCAACUCGGAGACUCGUACCAUGCUGGAGGUGACCACAGGCUGCCACAACAACGUCUUUGUCUCCUUCUGGUGGCAUAACGCCUCCUCUGUGCGGCUGAGCUGCAGUCACUGCCACCCGCCGGGCAACUUCAAGGCAGACUCUUUUCGCUGGAUGCUGAACUCAAAACCGCUGGGCAACGAGCAGUGGUUCAAGAAGACCAAUUUCGGGGUGAUUGUCCAAUUACUGUCCACCAGGCGGAGGGCUUGGGGGCGCUGGGAAUGCCACUCUCUUGCCAAUCACACUUGGGUCUCUGAAAUUUGCUUGGAGUCACCCGUCCGAGAGAAGGGCCCAGGUUCUGCUUCUGCUGAGCUGCCUCCCUAUUUGGCGCCAUUUCUCUCGCCAAGUCCUGCCACUUGCAAGACUUCGGACGCUGUGCCUGCAGAAGCUGGUGGAGUGAAGGGCACCGAAAUCUGGAUUUGGGCCUUGCUGUUCCUUGGUCUGGCUCUGGUCCUGGCUGCUCUUGGAACAGCCGUGUGGAUGUGGAAGAGGCAGCCGGCAGCCAGGAAGCAGAGAGGAAGAAAGGAGAGGGCAGGCUGCGCUUCUGUGAUAAACCCAGCCAGAGUAAACGAUGAACUUUACCAGAGGAAGAGUCUGGAUGAGGGACCUGCUUCCCUUCAUUAUGCACAGCUGGAAUAUCCCCGAAGGAAAUCCACCUCUGCUUGCACUCAAGACAGCACCACGGUGUAUGCGGUCAUUGUCUGACGCCCGUCACUUCCGACACCCACACUUCAACAUUGGCAACCACAACUUCUACAUCUCCUCUGCACAGUUCCUUUCGCUGCUUCCUCUCAAAGCCUCCGGAAACAGUGAACAAAGGGGUUCCCACACAGGACUUUUGC